UGUUCAUGUGACUGAGCGACCGAUAUGAUGCAUCUGUGGUGCAAUGCUCGUAAACAGAAUGCAGCUGACAUCCGCAUUUUUGCUGUUUUAAAAAGCUGCACUAAGCGAUAGCAGAUAAGAAACAGUAAACAGAGGUUUAACUGCCUUAUACAUACAUGUACAAUAUGAAGGAAACAUCUGUGUCUCCUCGAUUGCAGUCCAAUCUGUCCCUGUCAUCUGGUCUAAGAUUAGGUGAGAGCGGUAGGACAGUGCCAGUCAUUUCUCUAAAAAGCAGCUUGCUGUCAGGAUCUCUACUAGCACCACAUCCAUCAAUGAGUUCUGCACUUCAUACCCGGCAAACAUCUCUUAAUGCAAUCAAAGAGAGCAAUGAGACAAAACUCAAUCUGGCUAAAUUCACCACAGAAGUUAAUGGCAGGAAGAAGAGAGUUAAAAGUGACAGGGCAGAUGAUAAGAAGAAAAGAGAGAAGAAGGAAAAAAUGCUAGUUUCAAAAGAGAAAUCCAACACAGCUGUCAGGCCUAAAUUACAACUUACCCCCAAAAGCUUGGUUGGUAGUGGCACUCCGUCAGUGAUGUCCUCAGUCACUGUGACAAACCCGAAGUUAGUAAAUUAUGGUGUAAGUCAAGGGGUUUCACAUGCAUCUUUGAAGACAAACUUAGGACUGGAUACCACUAGUUCAAGCUUGACCUUGGGAAUGUCCUCUUACAAGCUGACCAAACCUCAAAAUGUAAAGCCCACUUCAGCUUUAACAACUGGAUUGAGUGUGUUAGCAACCCAAGCCAAAAAGGGUAUAUCUAACACCCGUGUGAGUUUACUUGGAUCUCAGGGACUUGCAUCAUCGUCAUUGUGUCAGGCUAAAUUAGGAAGUUUGAAAAGUUCGGCAAGUAUUCCACCUCCUGGGACAGGACUCUCUGGCUUAUCAUCAAAUGGAAAGAAACCUGAAAAACCACCAGUGAAAUCUAAGAAAAAGUUAACUUCAAAACAAGCAGAAAAUGUGAAUCACCUGCCAAAGGAUGUUGCUCCAGCACCUCUUUAUGAUUUUUACAUGCCUGAAUGGAGAGAAGAAAAGCUGGAUAAACCAAAGUUCACAACACCUGAGAUGGAUGGCAGCAUUGCCAGAAUCACCCAAACGCUUGAUGAUGUUACAACUCUGAAGAGAAACUUUGUUAAUGCAGUAUCAGCCUCACUAUUGAGUGCGCCUGAUUUCAAGAACCCCAAGGACAGCACUAGACUGCAGCUGAUGAGCAUGGCUCAACAAUUAGCUGCAUAUGAUCCAGAGUUCAUUCUCAAGGUUGCUCUGUAUACAAGGCAAGAGCUCAACAUCAGAACAACAGCUAAUUUCCUCCUAGCCUUCUCAUCAUUUGGAAGUGAAAAUGGAUGCAGACCGUAUUUGAGAAAGUACUAUGGUUGUUCCAUUCAGCUGCCCUCUGACUGGAUUGAUGUUGCUGAGCAGUACCAGACUUUCCAUGAUAAAUCUUUGAAGGAAGGUUCAUUACCAGUAGCUUUGAGAAAAGCCAUGGCUGCUAAAUUCCAGGACUUUGAUAAAUAUCAGUUAGCCAAAUACAACAAAGAAAAAUCGAAAAAGAAAAAGGCAAAGAAAGAAAAAGACACAAGUAGAAAGUCUGCUGAUCGAGCACAGCCAGUUUUUAAACCUUCAAAGAAGGCUGAGAGUGACAGUGAUUCUGAUUCUUCUGAUGAUGAAGAUUUCUUGAACUUCUUAAAGGACAGUGACAGCGAAACUGAAGAGGAAAGAGAACAGAAAACGUUUACACUGAAACAGUUGAUUAGGAAGAUCCAUAUCACAGAACCAGUUGAACAUGUCAUGUGCCUCAUUGGGAAAAGGUACCCAGAAACUCUUGAGGAAUUUUACAAGAGUCGCCUGCCAGGCACAUGGGAUGAGGAACGAGCAGGAAAAAGGAUGAAGUUGCCUACUCCAGAAACUUGGGAGACCCAAGUUUCCAUGAAGGGCAACAAGGCAGAAGUGUGGCAAGAUCUUUUAGAACACAAGAAACUUCCAUUUAUGGCCAUGCUGAGGAAUCUUAGAAACAUGAUCAAAGCUGGCAUCUCUGAGAAGUAUACUACUAAAGUGAUCAAGAGGCUGACAGAUGUGAGAUCAGUGGUGAAUAGCAGACAGUUCCCAUUCAGGUUUUUCUCUGCAUAUGAAGUACUGAACAGUUUAGAAAAAGAAUAUGAACAAAACCAGAAGCAACUUGUAGAAGAGGCAGUAGCUGGUAGCAGCUCAUGGAGCAGAGGGAGAGGGCGUGGCAGAGGGUGUGGCCGUGGGGGAAGAGGUGGGGGCAGAGGUGGAAGAUGGGACAAGAAAAAGAAUGCAAAAACAAAAGAGGUUCCAUUUGAUCCACCGCUUCUGAAUAGAUACCGUAAAGCCCUGGACACUGCUAUCAAGAUAGCUACAACUUACAAUGUCCAACCUAUCAAGGGGACCACAGUCAUCUUCUGCAACCUUGGCAAGACUAUGAACAGACCCUGCACAGCUGCAAAAGGGCUGGGGAAGCCAAGACAGGUGUCAGAAAUUGCUGUACUCUUAGGACUCAUGUGCAAGUAUUCUUGUGAAGAAAGCAAGAUGGUUGUUUAUGGGAAUAGCAGUUAUCUUGAAGUAGACUUGGAAAAAGGAACCAUACUGGACAACAUGCAGAGUGUACUGGGAUCAGCAUUUAUGGUGAACAAUCAACAGGAUACAGAUGCAGUAGUUCCAGAUGGGAUCCUUAGGGACCUUUUGAGAGACAGAACACAGGUUGACAAUCUUAUUAUUCUGUCUGAUGGGAUGAGCCUAGAAAGCGUAGAGGGCCAGAAUGUGUCAGACUUCUUAAAGAAAUACAGAAGACUGGUCAAUCCAAACAUGUUGUUUGUUAAUGUUGACCUUGGUGGAAAAUCCUCUGGAUUCAACAAAAGUGUUCAGCCAGAACAUGAUAAUGAUAUUUUCAUUGCUGGAUACAGUGACCAGAUUCUGAGAUUUAUAGCUGAGAGAGGUGAGAGUGGUCAGUUGACCCAUAUAGACAAGAUAGAUGAGAAGUACAAUCUGACUGCUAAGGUGCCUGGGUUGGAGAAGAAACCAUAUGCAGUUAAGCCAGCAGUAGAACACCCAUUGCCUAUUGCUGCUCUGAAACCAAGAUGGAGAACAGCCAGAGUGUUCAUAUCGUCCACCUUCCGUGAUAUGCAUGGGGAGCGUGAUUUACUCACACGCUUUGUCUUUCCUGAAUUGCGGGCACGUGGAAAGCAGCACUUCCUUAAUGUGUAUGAAGUGGACCUGAGGUGGGGAGUCACAGAGGAGGACACAAGAAGCAAUAAGACUCUUGAACUUUGUUUGACUGAGAUCACCAAGUGUCAGUUCUUCAUUGGCAUCCUUGGUGAGAGAUAUGGAUGGGUUCCUGACAAGUAUGUUGUACCAGACAGUCCAGAGUUUGACUGGGUUAGAGAUUAUCCACCAGGUUGUUCUAUCACAGAGCUAGAGAUGCACUCCGCAUGCAUGUCAAACCCAGACGAAAAGAAAGACCAGGCUUUUUUCUUCUUAAGGGAUAAAUCAUGGCAAAAGGACCUUCCUAAGAAAUAUUUGCAAGAUUUUGCUGCAGAGUCACCGUCAUCAGCUACCAAAAUGGAGGCAUUGAAAGAAAGAAUCAGAAGCAGUGGACUGGAAGUUUUUGAUGGCUACCCUUGCAAGUGGGGUGGAGUUGUUGAUGGGCAGCCAAUGGUUAGUGGUUUGGAAGACUUCGGCUUCAGAACACUCAACUGCUUGUGGAAUGCUGUAAAGAAGUUCUUUCCAGAUGAGGAUGCUGUGCUAGAUGAAAUCUCUCAUGAGACCUCUCAGCACGAGGCCUUCUUGGAGGCCCGUGUCAGCAGCUUCACUGGGCGUAAAGCCCAGAUGAAAAUGUGCCUGGAGAGACUGAGAACUAUGAAGGAAGGCAUCCUCAUGCUUUCUGGAAAACCUGGAUGUGGAAAAACAUCUCUUGUUGCAAAUUUGAUUUCACAGUAUGAUGCAGAUAUAGGUGCCAAGACCCACUUUAUUCACUUUGUGGGUGCCACCCCAGAGUCCACCAACAUCACAUUUGCCCUCAAGAGACUGUGUACAGAGUUGAUCAGAAGAUUUGGCCUAGAGAUGGAUGUGCCUCAAGAUUAUAAGAACCUUUGUGGCGAGCUGAAAACUAUUUUGACAGAGGCUAGCCAAGCCAGUGGAAGUCCUCUACUCUUGGUGUUUGAUGGUCUGGAAAUGCUGGAGGAUUAUCACCAGGCUCGCUCUCUCACCUGGAUACCUGAAGAGAUACCUGAGAAUGUUAUAUUCUUGAUGAGCACAGUGGAGAAUUCAGAAUGCCACAGAGCCCUCAGCAGACGACAGCAUAGCAGUGUGCAGUUGUCUGGCCUUGACCUUUGGGACAAGCCUGAAGUGGUUAGGAACCAAUUGGCCAGACACAAGAAAACAUUGGUGGAGACAGGAUUUAAUAAUCAGAUGAAACUGCUGACAAGUAAGAGAGAAGCUAACAACCCACUUUUCUUAAACCUUGCUUGUGAAGAACUGAGGGUGUUUGGUGUGUAUGAAAAGAUCACUGAGAAACUAAAGAGUCUCCCCCACACUGUUCCCCUGCUGCUACAGGAGGUGUUGGCUAGACUUGAGCAAGACCAUGGUCAAUUACUUGUGUCCACUGCACUGACCUUGCUGGUUUGUGCACGGAAAGGUCUCUUUGAGGAAGAGCUCCACAUGCUUCUCAGUUACCACCAAAAACUACAGCAUGUCAAGUACACUGUUCAAGAUGUGUUAAAUGUUCCAUUGGAACCAGAACAUCAGAUUCCUCAGGCAGUGUUUGCACCACUGCUUAGAUCACUGAAGACCUUCCUCAGACCAGUGACUACUACAAGUCUUUUAAGUCUGGCCCAUGCAGAGAUAGAGAGGUCUAUCAGACAGAGGUACAUGAGAGGAAGUUCUACAGAACUGGAGAUCAUGCUUCACAGACUCUUGGCAGGCUAUUUCUGGCUGAAUGCUGACCCUGAUAAGAAUGGAAGUUGGCAGGGAAGCAACCAGAGAGCUUUCAGUGAGCUGACUUAUCAUUUAUCCUGCACAGGCGCCUUCAGUGAGUUGGAAGAUAUCUUAUGUAGCCUGAAGUUCCUCAGAGCCAAGUGCAUGUUAGGACAGGCCUCUGAGCUCUUGGAAGAUUUUCUGGUGAAAGGCGCAAGUAGCAAAUCCCAGGAGAGAUCUCGGCAGAAAUUUCUGAGUCAACCAAGAAUUGUCCAGUACCAGUCCUUUGUGUCCAGAAACUUGCAUGUACUGUCAAGUGUUCCAGCCUUAACUUGGCAACAAGCUCUGAAUGAACCAGAGAGUUCUGCCCCAGCCCAGGAUAUUCAGAGUUUACUGGAAAGUGUAGACAUGGAUUUGGGCUUGAUAAAAUGGAAGAACAAGCCUGAGUGGAGUGACCCUUGUCUCUUGACUUUGUCUGACUUCACCAUGCCAGUUACUUGCCUGGCAAUAUCUCCAGAUGGCCAGUUCUUUGUGUGCGGAUCAGAUGACUGUGUAGUCAGACUUUAUGACUUAAACACUGGAAAGGAGCAGCGCUCUUUCACUGGUCACUCACAUACCAUAUCUGAUGUCUGUUUUGUUGGGAAGGACAAGAUCUGCAGUGCCUCACUGGACCAAACAUUGAGCCUGUGGGAUUUGAACGAUGGGCACAGGAUAUCAGUUAUGAAAGGAAACAAUAGGAGAGUGAGCUCCUGUUCCUCAGAUGCUAAAGGAUCAAUUAUAGUGUCCACAGCCUGGGACUGCUAUAUCAAAGUGUGGCAGGGGAAAGAUGGGGUGGAGGUCUCCAAGUUCACUGAUGUAUGUCCAGUAAAUUGUGUAGCUUUCCACCCUGAGGGGCAGCUGAUAGUGACUGGGAGCUGGGAUGCAUCACUAAAGAUCUGGGACACAUUGAACAAGAAUAGAAAAGCUAUACUUCGAGGCCAUAGCAGCUCUGUGAGAAGUGUUGCUUACUCACCUUCUGGUAGACAUAUUGCUUCUGCCUCUCUGGACGGUGAAGUCAGGCUGUGGAAUGCAGCUAAUGGAACCCAGGUUGGCACCCUCAGUGGUCAUACUUUGCCUGUGAACAAGCUAGUUUUCUCACCAGCUGGUCAGGAACUCAUCACGGUCAGUGAUGACCACAAAAUUAAGGUGUGGUCUGGUCAUCUUGGUCAGCCUGUCAAUUCCAUUGGUCAAGAAGAAUAUGGUGCUGCCACCUCUGUAGCUCUGUCCAGAAAUGGUCAGUACGUUGUUGUUGGGUACCAUGAGGGGCAGACCAGAAGGUUUGACAUCAGAUCAGGCCUGUUGGACUUUGAGGUUCAUCACCACCAGGCCAGUGUCAAGUGUGUCCACUGUGUAGAUCAUAGGGAGUCAGUCAUCAUCACAGGAUCUGCUGACAACACUGCCUUGGCACUGGACCCACUUACAGGAAAGGCUCUGUUUUCUCUCACUGGCCACACUAAUAGUGUCCUCUGCAUUGAUAGUAGACUGGACUGGCUGGCUACAGGGUCUGAGGAUUUCCAAGCGAGGAUGUUUGACAGAAAAAGAGGUGGUCCUCCUUAUGCUGUGCUGUCUGGCCAUGUGGCUCCUGUAACUGGUUGUUCAUUUAAUGCCGAGGGAAGUUUGUUGGUCACCUCCUGUAGAGGAGCAUGUUUAAUGGUGUGGAACAUACAGGAUCUUUUUCCAGGAGAUAAGAACAUACCUAUGAACGUCAUUAGUGCCUGCCAUGCAGACUGGGUCAAUGGUUGCAUGUGGUCCAACACUGGAGACUUUGUGGUAACAGCUUCCAAUGAUUUCAACUUGAAGCUAUGGGAUAUACUGAAGGCCACACCCAAAGAGAAACUCACAAUGACGGGUCACAUGGCAGCUGUCAAUGCAGUAGCUUAUAAGUAUGGCUGCAUUGUGUCUGCGAGCUCAGAUGGUCAGAUGAAGGUUUGGUCCCACAAGGGUACAGAGAUUACCACACUCUAUGGGCACAAGCUGAGAGCCAAUGCCUGUGAUAUAUUUGUACAGGUACAAGAAAAAGACAAAGUGGAAGAAGAAACAAAUGAGGUGUCAGACUGGGCAACAGAAGUAGAGACAGAGGAGUGGAAGGCAGAGCAUGAAAAAAGUAUGAAAGGCAAAAAAGACAUCAAGGUUGAAGAUGUGAUGGUUGCCUCCUGUGGUGACGAUGGUAUGGUGUGGAUAUGGCGACCAUUACAGGGCAACCAAUUAGGCACUUUGCUGGGACAUUCAGACAGAGUAAUAUCUGUGGCUGCAGGAAUCGAUAAAGUGUGCAGCAGCUCACUGGAUAAAACCAUCAAAAUGUGGCAAAAUGAAUUCUCCAAGACUAUGACACGAGACAGUCACGACGCAGAAAUAAGUGCCAUGACAUGGUCAGCAGAUGGACAGUAUGCAAUCACUGCAAGCAGGGACGGUCAUGUCAGAGUGUGGAGUUUUGAAGAAGAUUCUAGCAAGAAAACAUACUUGAAAUGUCAAUGCUCUUUCAAGGCACACCAGCAUGCCAUCACUGGCGUAUGUUUUGUAUCUCUGUAUUGCUUUGCGGUCUCGUCAGAAGAUGGAACUGCCUCCCAGUGGAAAAUAGAUUCAAAUGAAAAGCGGAUAGCUGUCAGGAAAUUAAAACCAUUUGGAAAUACAAUGCCUAUCAAUUGUAUUACUUCUUGUGAUGGACACAUUUGGUUUGCCAAGUGGGACAAAAGACUUUAUUCCUUUAAUCAGCGUUAUGAAGAAAAAAUCUAUCCAUUGCAAGACAAUCAGCAAGAUUUCCACCACACUCACUGGAUUCUAGACAUGACUGCCAGAAAAGGCAUAUUAAGCGGGGACAUGACCUAUCAAGUCUGCACUGUGGGGGCAGCUGGAACAGUGAAAGAAUAUGCUGUUAGCAUCAAGAAACCGAAGGCAGACUUGAUGCACUGUACAGAAAUCAAACCACCAGCAGAUGUAAAGGGCAGGGGAAAAUCGCCAGCCAACUGGUUACUAUGUACAGGUUGCCAUAACAACAAGAUUUAUGUAGGGGAUUCAAGUGGUCAGUUGUCAGUAUUGCAUUCACCUGGCAAAUGUUUGCCUGAUACUAAAAAGGUCCAUGCCAGUGCAAUCAAUAGUGUACAGAUUGUUGGUGAGGAAGAGCCAACUAUAUUCACAGCAUCCUCAGAUAAGACCAUCAAAGUCUGGGACCAUCAGAUGAAACAGAUUGGCCAGUAUUUCACCCAGUCUCCAGUGAUGAAGCUGGCAGUUCAGCCAAGUAGUGGGGACCAGAGUACAAGGCUUGUGCUGUGUGGAGACCAGCUGGGCAAUGUCUUGGUACUGGAAUGGAUAGGCAAUGUAAAGGCACCAGGCACAAAAACAGAUGGCAAAGUAACCUUGUUCUGGAAUCAUACAUCACCCUUCAGCCAGUGGUACCCAGCAAAGUUCACACUAGAUGGGCAAAAAUUUAGUUGUGCAGAGCAGUACAUGAUGUACAGCAAAGCUAUGAUGUUCAGUGACAAAAAAACAGCAGAUCUCAUCAUGAGUACCAACAGUCCUAAAGAACAGAAGGAAUUAGGUAGAAAAGUGAAAGGAUUUCAGCCAGAUGUGUGGGGGGCUUUAGUAGAUGAUGUUGUGAAGAAGGCAAAUAUGGCUAAAUUUACACAGAAUGGUCACUUGAAGAAGUUACUCCUGGGCACUGGAUCUAGCAUGCUGGCAGAAGCCAGUGCUGAAGAUAGGAUCUGGGGCACAGGUUUGUCAGCAGAGCACAAGCAGGCUUAUGAUAUGGCACAGUGGCCAGGGAAGAAUAAGCUUGGUAAAAUUUUGUGCGAGGUGAGAGAAUCCUGCAGAAAAUAAUACUAUUAGGACAACUCUCAAGGUAACUGUGCUUUGGGUAUUUAAAAACAGAAACUUUCAGAAAAUAAUACUAUAAGGACAAAUUUCAAGAUAACUGUGAUUUGGGUAUUAAAAACUACGCAUUUGACGUUUGGGUUAAUUUCAAGAUGCACAGUUUAGCAGAAAUCAAGACAUAAAUUAAAAGUACAUUUUAGAGAGUAGUUAGUAUUGUAUGACCAUGAAAUAUUAUUCAGGCAAGAGCCUUUUACUCCCUUAAAAUUGGUAAAUAAUUCUUUUUUUCCUCAAAUGUUAUUGCUUGAAGGUGUUUUACAGUUUCAGGAUUUACAUUUGAGUGGACUUUAUCAUGUCAGGUUGCAAAACAGAGGUACAUGUUCAAUGUUGAAAUAUGUGAUGUAGUGGUUUGAUUACUUAUCUAAUCUACAAUUAGCAUCAACUAUUCCAUUUUCAUUAGCUGAGUUUUUAGGGAACUAUAAUAUUUUGAGUUAACUAAAUUCCUACUUUUCACACAAAAUAUUUUCACAUUUUAUAUAUGAAAAGGAGUAUAAAUUUAACUUAAAUGUAAUGUUUGAUGAAUGUUUUUUAUGUCAUGCUUGGAAACUGCUGUGCAAGUCUUACUUUUCACACUUUAUAGGGGGAUUAUGCUAUAUGUAUUGGAUAAUAGUUUUAUCAUUUAAAUCAAAUGAUAGGGGUUUCAGACUCUGCAGCCUAUUAUACAACCUACAUGAGGAUACCCAAUUUAGAUUAUAUAUAUAUAUAUAUAUAUAUAUAUAUAUAUAUAUAUAUAUAUAUUUUUUUUUUUUUUUCUAAUUAAAAUUAUGUUUAGUGACCUCUACAAAUGUUCCUGAGAAUGCCAUCUUCUGUUUAGAAGCUUUAUUCUUCAGCAGCUGAACAUUUGAACUCUGUGAUAUUUAUA